ACCAUUCAGCGCAGGCGGGGGGUUCGGGGUGAGGGUGGAUUUCCAACGCCGUCGGGUUAUUUUAUUUAUUUAUUCGAUUCUGGUGGCUGAAGUUUGUUGAAAGCGACCCGAGCAGGGGCGGGGGGGACUGGUGAUUAUCUUGUGCGAUAGAAGCUGUGAUUUUCAUUGGCUCCAAAGUGCGGAGCUGGGCUCUCGCCUCUGCCCAAUAACUAAAACAGAUGCGGCUGGUUUCCCCGUGAUUUGUGUUGGUGGAUGUGUGGGUCCCGGAGGGGACAACCGGCACCUAAAGCUAGUCCCGGAUUGAGCAGAGAAAGACACCCUAAUGACUAAAUCUCAGGCGCACUAUGGAUUUGACUAAAAUGGGUCUGAUACAGCUCCAGAACCCCAGCCACCCCACGGGGCUCCUGCAGAAAGCCAACCAAAUGCGCCUUGCAGGGACUCUGUGCGAUGUGGUCAUCAUGGUGGACAAUCAGGAGUUCCAUGCUCACAGGACAGUGUUGGCUUGCACUAGUAAAAUGUUUGAAAUCCUGUUCCACCGCAACAGUCAGCAUUAUACCCUGGACUUUCUUUCACCAAAGACUUUUCAGCAGAUACUGGAAUACGCUUACACGGCCACCCUCCAGGCUAAAGUUGAAGACUUGGAUGAUCUUCUUUACGCAGCUGAGAUCCUAGAAAUAGAAUAUCUGGAAGAACAGUGUCUGAAGAUCCUGGAGACCAUUCAGGCUUCUGAUGAGAAUGAUACAGAAGUCAACAUGACAGAUGGUGGCACUGAAGAGGAGGAGGAUAGGAAAUCUAGGUACAUCAAAAACCUAUUCAUCUCCAAGCAUUCCAGUGAAGAGAGUAGUUAUGCCAACAUGACCAGUCAGAGUUUAACAGGGGCAAUGGUGGAACAGAGCCCAUCUGUCUCGACUUCGUUUGGACUCUCCGCGAUGAGCCCCACGAAGGCUGCUGUGGAUAGUUUGAUGACCAUUGGGCAGUCGUUAUUGCAAGGGUCUCUACAGCAGAACGCCUCUGAGGACUUGCACUCCACGAGCAGCCGCCACCCCAGUCUCUCUGAAGUAAAAACAGAAGUGAUGCAAGUGGAGGAGGCGUCUAGCCAUGAAAGCCCACGGACGGCAGAGUCCAGCACUUCUGGAGGGGACAAGUCAGAUGACAAAAGCAAGGAAGGCCCUGGUACUCCCACGCGUAGCAGUGUUAUCACAAGUGCCCGUGAACUUCAUUAUGCCCGGGAUGAGAAUCCAGAACAGCCCCUUGAGUUGGGCCAAGGAGUGUCAGUCGGACCAGAGCACUCGAUUUCUCAAAGUGAGAAACACCUGAGUAUAUAUUCAGUGCUACCGAAUCACAAAACUGACUCGAUGCUCAGCAUGCCAUCCUCCAUGACGUCAGCUCUUCACAUGCAGCCAGCUCUUGCCGUGUCCAUGGACUUCAGCGCUUACGGGGGGCUUCUGCCUCAAGGCUUUAUUCAAAGGGAGCUGUUCAGUAAGCUGGGUGAAUUGGCAGCUGGCAUGAAAACUGAAAACCGAGCCAUCGGUGAACAGUGCAGUGUUUGUGGGGCAGAACUACCAGACAACGAGACGGUGGAACAACACAGAUUGGGUAUACAGAACCUCAGCUCAAACAGAGAGAGGUCGUCUGCACUGACUUGGAAGCUGCACAGUGGUAUGAAGACUUAUGGAUGUGAGUUGUGUGGGAAACGAUUCUUGGAUAGCUUGCGGCUCCGAAUGCACUUACUGGCUCACUCAGCGGGUGCCAAAGCGUUUGUCUGUGAUCAGUGUGGUGCACAGUUCUCUAAAGAAGAUGCCCUGGAGACCCACAGACAGACACACACCGGUACUGACAUGGCCGUCUUCUGCCUGCUGUGCGGGAAGCGGUUCCAGACACAGACUGCCCUGCAGCAGCACAUGGAAGUGCAUGCGGGAGUGCGUAGCUACAUCUGCAGCGAGUGCAACCGUACCUUCCCCAGCCAUACCGCCCUCAAGCGGCACCUGCGCUCACAUACAGGUGACCACCCCUACGAGUGUGAAUUCUGUGGCAGCUGCUUCCGGGAUGAGAGCACAUUGAAAGGCCACAAGCGUAUCCACACUGGAGAGAAACCGUACGAGUGCAACGGCUGCGGCAAGAAAUUCAGCCUCAAGCACCAGCUGGAGACCCACUACAGGGUGCACACAGGUGAAAAGCCUUUUGAAUGCAAGCUGUGUCACCAGAGGUCCCGAGAUUACUCUGCCAUGAUCAAACAUCUCAGGACCCACAACGGCGCUUCCCCCUACCAGUGCACUAUCUGCCUGGAGUACUGCCCCAGCCUGUCUGCCAUGCAGAAACACAUGAAGGGCCACAAGCCAGAGGAGAUCCCCACUGACUGGAGGAUAGAGAAGACCUAUCUCUACCUUUGCUAUGUUUAAGGGACAUGGAGGGGGAAGAUUGAAGUCAGGAAGGACUGGGCAAAAAAAUGCAUCAUCCAUGGCCUUUUAUUCUGUUGUUGUUUACUAAAAGGGUUCUCCGUUUUUGUUUCUGGCUCAUGAGGUGUUUGUGUGGGGGAGGGGGAAUAAUUCCCUUUUUAAUUUGGGGGUUCUCUGUGCAGUCAAUGAGAAAAUGCAUCAGAAUCGAGCCAUAGCCAAAUAUCUGCUCGUGUUUUGUGACAAUGCACAUCAAGGGCUUUGGAAAGAGCAGGUGAAAUGUCACUGUAGGGGAGGGGAAGGGGCAGUCCCGGCGCAAGCUUUGGGGUCUGAGAUUUUGGAGUUUGAAUUUUUUGUCCUGUUUGUGCCACAUUUGUUUACUUAAUUCAGGCCUCAUCUACAUUUAAAAACGAGGGCAGCCUAGCUACAUUGCUUAGGGCUGUGAAAAAUUUUGCACCCUGAACGUUGUCGUUAGGGUGACCUAGCCCCUGUUGUGGAUGUGGCUAGGCUGACCAAAUUCUUCCAUCGACCCGCCUGUCGGAGAGAUGGAUUAACUAUGGCAACAGAAAAACCCCUUCUGUGGCUGUAGCAGCUGUAAUGUCAGACGUGCCCUCAGUCACCAGCUUUAUUCAGCUGCCUCUUGUGCAACCUCACCAGUAGGUGGCAGUGUAACGCCUAUUGUUAAAAUCCCCCUCAGAGGAUUCCCCCCAAAUUAGAUGUAACGACCCAGUUUUGGGGGUACCCAGAAAUACCAGGGCAGAUGAUGCGCAGCAUGACGGGCUGGAUGAUCUGGAGGUUAGUUAGUCGUGCUAAUAAUGUGGCAGGUUACAAUGCAGUCCAGAUUUCCCCAAGUAACUAGUGAUUUGGGGGGGCCUUGGUGUUUUUGCUUGCCUGACCUGAGACACCCUGAAUUUCAGAACAUGCUGAUCAGCCUCGUCGGUGACUCCAGCCAGGCAGCUGGAAUCACUAGUCAGUCUGGCACAGCUUGGCAUAAGUAAAGGCACAACCGGAAUUUUCCUCAGGAGGGGGCCCAGGGAGAUGACCCCUUUGGAGCCGGCAUUUGGAGCCCCUUUGUCCCAGGUGGAGAAGAUGGUGGGCUAUAGUGCCCUUUGGCACAGCUUGGUAUCUCAGAGAGCAGAGCCAGCAACAGGCAAGUUUUUGUGGCGUUGCAGCCAGGGGAGGAAGUAGUGGGAUGUGCCAGGGCAGGGUGCAUCCCAGGCAGCACGAGGCGGGGAGGUACCAUGCAGCCCUGUGGGCAUCGUGUGCCCCCAUUCCCCAUGAAAAGCCCUGGCAUCAAGGCUGCACACACACCGCCACUCGGGAAGUGCCGGGGCCUCCCCUCCCAGCCAGCAGCACCAGGACUCUGGCCGGGGUUCCCCCAUUGGGCACCCCACCCAUUACCUCCUGGGUGUGUGGCAAGUCCCUGGCUGCAGGGCCCCCCUGCACUGCUAUCUGGAGCAUGGGUGGCCAUAGCUGGGUCUCUGCUCAGAUCCGCCAAGGGAAAGCUGUCCCCCUGGCCCAUGUUGCGCCCGCUUGAGCAUAAGUAAAAUAAACCUGAACUUUGCUACAGUCCUCCCCCACCCGCCCCUGGGCUGCUGUGUUUCAGAGGGCAG